GUUGAAAAAUAAGUAGGAUUUUCUAUGUUUAACGUGUAUAUCAAGUAAACAAACAGAUCUGUUGAGCACUCCGCAGCGUAGCCCAUCACUCACCACUCUUGUCACGGUAGCAGCCUUGCUCUCUCGUAAAGGAGUGACACGGUUUCCCCAAGCUCAUACCGCGUGAGGCCCGAACCGGGGACUUCAAGACUCCCUGAGCUCAGGUUUAGGCAACACAUGCGUAAGAGAUGAUAGCCCCUCCCGGGUCAGUGAGCUAACAAAUAGUAGAUACUUUCACCAAAACUGGGCAGAAUAUUUGAGCGGUAUUCUUCUGCGACGCCUGGUGAGAUGAUACUUGACUACAAGAUCAUGCGGUUCGAUGUUAGUCCUUUCGCGUUCCGUAAUCAUCUUGUACGAGCAGCUCUCGAGACCACGGUCGCUGCUUGCUGUUUGUGUCGACCAGGCUGCGUUCUCGCCGUGUAAAGAUGAGUUUGUUUUGGACGAGUUUCGAUGGGCAGCGCCCUUGCGACCAGAGUCUUUUUGAAACCAGCCCUCAUCCUUUAACCAUGUCUGUCUACCCGAAUACCAACAAUUAUCCACUGGGGCACACGCUCAUCAUCUGGCCUGGGCUACAGACGGUGGACAGACUGCCGCCGUCUAGCCCGGACCUAUUAUGUAUGGCGUUGACAUAUCUCAAACCUUUGAUACCACACCUGUUGCCAUCUGGUCCCAAGGUUGGUCCGGGGAGAGCUUUGGUAUCAGCUAGCCAAACGCACAGGACCAACACCUUUCUAUUUAUCAACGACACUUUUGCCACAAACCUGAUUUCGUCCGCGGCACAGCGUAAGCAACCAGGCAAUGACAAUACCACACCGCUCAUGGGUGGAGAUGUUGGAUAUUGGAACUGA